UACUAUUUGUGAUAGUUUAUUGGCUAAAAAAUCUAUCUCAAUAUAUCUAUUCUAUGUAGUAUGUAUCCUACUAUAUAUUUCCUAACUUCGGAUCACAAUCAAUAAUGCUAAGUGCUCAAUGGUUAUCAAUAUAGUUGUAUGCAUUCAUUCUAAAAGGCAUAAUUCUUAAUAUUACAUGUAAAUACAUGUUUUUGUUCUGUGACAUAACUAGAAAAAUAUAUUAUAAUAUUAUUAUUUUUCAAUCGAUUAGGUUAGGUUAGGUUAGGUACCUAAUAUCAACAUAGUUAAAAUAUACAUACAAUCAUCGACUAAUACGUAAUUAUCUUAUUGCUAUAAUAUACAGAGUGAAAUUACUCGAGUACUAAUAAAACAAGUUGCUUUUAUAAAAAUUAAAAAUACAUAAAUAGGUGAUGGGAAAUUUUGAUGUCCAGUUCUCUCUAUUUCAGUUAACACCUAUUGAAAAAAAAUCAAUCGAAGCGUAUAGGAAACAAGUCAUUGUUGUGCUUUCCUGAUUAUUUUUGGUUUUUUUUUUGUAUCGUAUUAUAUUACUAGUUUUUAAUUAAAUUUUUUAUUUCUCACUGUAUUAUAACUUUUAGAAUGUUAGCUCGUUGUCUAUUGCUUUUUGUUCAUAAAAUUCUUUUUUUAGAUCAACCUUAGUUGUUAGCUUUAAUUUUUAUAAUGAUUAAAUAUUGAUUAGCCAAUACAUAAUUGAUUCGUAAUUGGAUUGUAUUCACCUGUAGUUACAAUUUUGAAAGCUUAAAAACAUGUCACAACACGCGGAAAUUAAAAGCAACAGUCGUCCGUGGAUUGAUCAGAUUCAAUCAUUCAAUGAAUUAUAUCGUGAAGAAGAAAACAAAAUAGAAGUUAGUCCAGGAAUAAAACUAGGAUGGGUCAAAGGCGUGCUAAUUCCAUGUCUACUCAGCAUCUGGGGUGUGAUGCUUUUCUUGCGAAUGCCAUGGAUUUUAGCACAAGCUGGGAUAUUUCAUUCAAUUAUUAUUAUUUUAAUUGCACUGAUUAUUAUUCUAAUCACCACUUUUUCAUUGUCUGCUAUCAGUACAAAUGGAAAAGUAAAAGGAGGCGGUCUUUAUUUUAUUAUUUCUCGAUCAAUUGGUCCGGAAUUUGGAGCCUCAAUUGGUAUCCUUUUAGCAUUUGCUAACACAAUUUCUGCGGCUAUGAACACUAUUGGAUUUUGUAUGUCUUUAAGAUCAUUACUACAAGAAAACAAUAUAUACAUACUAAAUUCAGUUUUAAUAUACAAAGGAUUAGGAGUAGUCUCUAUAAUGAUUAUGAGUAUACUUUGUUGUAUCGGCAUGGAUAGAGAAGCUGAAGUACAACAUGCUCUUCUCGUAGCGAUAAUUGUCGGUAUUUUUAACGUAAUUGUUGGCUCAUAUAUUGGCCCAAAAAGUAUUAUGGCAAAGGUAUCAGGCUUCACAGGAUUUAGCAUGAAAACCUUCAAAGAAAAUUGGUAUCCAGACUAUAGAAUUGAUAACAACGUUCAACAAUCCUUUUUUACAAUUUUCGCAGUUUUCUUCCCAUCUGUAACUGGUAUACAAGCUGGAGCAAAUAUAUCGGGAGAUCUUAAAGAUCCUAGUGCUUCAAUACCAAAAGGAACAUUAUUAUCGAUCCUCAUUACUAUAACUUCGUACAUUGUACUAAUAGUAGUACCAGGAGCAGUUCAAUUAAGAGAAGCGAGUGGUUAUGAAAACGAAUUUCAAAAUGAAACGUAUUUGGGUUGUGCUUUUAGAAAUUGCUCUAAAGGAUUAUACAAAGAUGAAAAUCUAAUGCAAUCAAUUUCGUGGUGGCCAAUUACUAUAUACUUCGGUUGUUUUGGAGCUACUAUUAGUACUGCUUUAACUGCGUUGAUAUCUGUUCCAAAGUUGUUACAAAGAAUGGGACAAGAUGAUAUUUAUCCACUUCUUAAAUACUUAGCAAAAGGCUAUGGAAAAAAUAAAGAACCCUAUCGUGCACACGUGUUUGCCAUGAUUGUGUCAUCAAUAUUACUUAUUAUUGGUGAAUUAAAUGAAAUUGCCUCAUUGAUCUCAACUAUUUAUUUAUCUGCUUAUGCUAUGUUAAAUUUAUGUACAUUUCAUAUUGCAUAUUUUAAACCUUUGGGUUGGAGACCAACAUAUAAGUUUUAUGACAAAUGGUUGAGUCUUGCUGCAGCUAUUGUCUGCGUUUUAGUAAUGAUAUUCAUCGAUAUGAAAAUGUCUGCAAUUAUUAUUUGUGCUAUAUGUGUUUUAUACAGAAUUGCCGCUAGAAAAAAAAGAGUGAUAAAUUGGGGAUCUUCCAAGCAAGCACGACACAUAAAAACAUUUAUAAAAAACGUAUACAAGUCCAAUACUAUUCAAUAUCAUGUUAAAAACUAUUUGCCUAACUUAAUUGUAUUUUCUGGAAACCCUGAGUCGAGAAAAAAAUUAGUUUCUUUAGCUCAUUUGAUUACUAAGAAUUAUGGUAUACAAAUGUGUGUCAACAUUGAAAAGAUAUCACUUACACCAAGACAAAAGAAAAUACACCUUGAUAAAGGAAUUCAAUGGUUAAGAAAUUCUGGAAUCAAAUCCCUAUACGUUAUCCUCGAUAACAUCAAAUUGGAUUUAGCAACUCAUAUAGUAUAUAGCUGUGGACAUGGUCAGUUUAAACCAAAUAUAGUAAUGGUUGGAUACAAGUCGGAUUGGCUAAAUUGCCCGUAUCAAGAUCUUCAAACUUAUUUAAAUAUUUUCAAUGUGGCAAAUAUGAAUGGAAUGUCAACAAUCAUGGUUCGUGUGUCAUCAACUGAAGAUUUGGAAAAUCAAAAUUUUUUAAUCCAAGAUUGUAAGAACUUAGAUAAAAAAGAAGAAAUUCCUUACAAAACGCAAUCAAAACAAAAUACGAGUAAUCGAAAUCAACAAAAGGUGACUGAUUGCUUUGUAAAAAUAAAGAGCAAAGAAUAUUCAUUCGACAAGAAGAAAUCAAAUCAUGGGACAGUCGAUGUGUGGUGGUUGUACUACGAUGGAGGUUUAUCGUUAAUUAUUUCAUAUAUAUUAAAACAUAGGAAUACAUGGAAAAAUUGUAAAUUUCGAAUAUUUGGUGUUACCAACAAAGUUGAAUGUUUAUCCGAAGAAAAAAACAAAUUAAAAAAAUUACUAUCAUUGUAUCGAAUUGAUUUUGACUAUUUGGAUAUAAUUUUAUCAAACCCCACUGAUAUUACAACAAUGACAUAUUUCAAUUCUGUAUUGGAACGCACAUCUUCUAAAGAGAAUCAAUUUUAUGAGAACAAUUUACAAAAAGAACGUAUUUCUGAAACGUUGUUUUUAAGAGAUUUAAUUGAAUUGCAUUCGUUUAAUUCUGAUCUUAUCAUCUUAACAACUCCAAAAAAUAAUGAAGAAAUCAAUAUAUUAUUCAUGUGUUGGAUAGAAACAAUUUCUAGAGGAUUACCACCAUGUAUUAUCAUCAAUGGGUGCACCGAUUCAGUUAUUGCCACCAAUGCUUAAGCCAUAAAUAUAAAAUGCAUACAUUAUACUUUAUACUAGUAUACAAUCAUGUUCUCUUAAAUUUCCUUUCAUAUUAACGUAGAUAGUAACUAUUUAUUUAUUUUUUUGCUUACGGCUUGAUUCAACUGAGAGCAUUUUCCAAAGUUCCAAUCUUUCAUUUCAUACGCAAAGUCCCUUAAUCAGUUUCUUAGUUGGUAUUUUAUUACAUAAUUUAAAUUUUAAACAUGAUGUCAAAAACUUAAAAAAAAUACUUUUAAAUUUGCAUUGAUCUGUAUUAAACAAAUCGAAAAUAUCAAAAAUAAAACAUCGACGAGAAGUUGAAUGUGCUCCAGAUCUCAAUAUUUAACAUUAAAACUGUCUAUAGGACUUAAUGAAACCAACGCUUCAGUAUACACCUGCAAGAAAUUAGUAAAUUAUAUAAAAUUAUUAAUUAUUUUAUUCGCAUAACCUAACCACUUAUAAAAAUAAAACAAAU